AUGGCUGGGUUGCAAAGAUCGGCUGUUUCAUUCCGCAGGCAAGGUUCAUCUGGACUAAUAUGGGACGACAAAUACUUGUCAGGUCAGCUUGUUAAACGUAAAGAAGAAACUAACAAAGAACUAGAAUGGCAACCCAAAAAGGAUAUGCUGCUGGUGAAGGCUUCAUCAAGGGCCGUUGGAUCAACGGAGAGGAGCCGAUCCAAUGGUGGGGCGGUAGAGCCACCAUCUCCUAAGGUAUCUGCAUGUGGACUGUGUAGUGCCAUUGGCAAAAAGGAUAAGUCCCGACAUUGA